CCUCGGGUGUCACUCUGGAAAUACGAAUAAAAUUGGACAAAAUCACGCAAGAUUACAUUACCAAGUUUACACUCAGUAGUGGGCAGUGACGCCAAAGGCCUUUAUUCUGGAGCGUCACAAGGCGGCAUCAUCAACGCCGUCAAAGAUGGCUUCAGCCCCUAUGAUUGUCCUGCUUCCUCUGCUGCUGCUGGCACUAACUCGAACGGUCGUUACUAGUGACCUCAAGAUGGUCUACGUCUGCGAAGGAGAUACUCUUCGACUCAACUGCGGGGAGGACAGAUUUAUCAAGAUGUGGAGCGCUCUCUACGGGCGUGCCAACCCGACUUACUGCCCAGACGACACCGUCAAGGCCUCUGUGCAUCACUGCAGAGCAGAUAAGUCCAAUUUCGAAACCAUGCGUGGAUGUGACGGAAAGAAUAGCUGCGAGAUCGAGGCAAGUGAUGCAGUCUUUGGUGACCCUUGUCCGGACGAGACGAGCAAGUGGUAUCUCCAGGUGGAAUACUACUGUCGCUCCGAGAGACCAUCUGAAUGCAACCCAAAGGAUUCACCAAAAUACCAGAGCGCGCAUGCAUGCGACGACAAAGAGUUGGUUCUGGAAUGUCCGACCCCAGGAGAGGUUGUCAAGAUCCUUGAUGCCAAUUACGGUCGCCAGGGAUCCGACUACUGCGGGUACAGACCGGGGAUCGAUGACGUCUUUUGCGACGACGAUUCUGGGGAAUCGUUUGAGUAUGUUUGUCUUCAAUGUCGAGGGAAGGACUACUGCAUGAUUCCCGUGAACCCACUGGAGUUCAAAGACCGCUGUGUCAACACAAGGAAGUACCUCUCUGUUCGCUAUGUGUGUGUACAAACAGAGCCGGAAAUUGAAGAGGAAGAUGAUUCAGAGGAAGAGGGGCCAGAGGUUGGUGAUGUCGAUCUUCGUGUUACAACCAUAGCUCCAAGACGAGGAAGAACUCAACGAUUGAAAGAAUUUGAUCAAACGGAAAGUCAAGAUUUUAAACAAAGACACAAGACCCCAAAGUUGUCAAGUAAUGAGCAACCGAUGCUGUAA